GCUUAAUAUUGUCAUUAAAUAUUUUUUUUGGCAAUUUUAGAUGUGUUACUUGUUUGUGUUUUGAUGUGGCAUGUGCAGUUUUAAUAUAAUGUGUUUCAUUUUCUAUUUUUAUGUUAUCUUUAUUUGUGGUUUUUACAACUUUCGGGCUUAUGAGGGAUUGUGAGGCUCCUGUAUCUAUUAAAAAUCGCCCUCCUAAUUCAUUUAUAUAAAUGUAAGGGAGGCGACUGUAGUUUUGUAUAUUGUUCAUGAAAACUACGUUGCUAGGUGUUUUUCCACCUCCAACAGAAAAUUUUCGUCUAAGGUUUCCUCAUGUGAAUUUUUCUCGAGGUCUUCCUCGGAGGGUUGUUGUUCUUCUUCAUUAUAGUCUAGUUCCUGAUAAUGCAUUUUAUUUUUAUUUUCCGAAUUUUCUGAAGGUUUUUUGAACUGAUCUUUCUUUUGGAAAAUAUUUGGUUUUUGUUGGAACGACGAUUUAUUUGUGCUCGCGGCAUUUUUUGAAGAGUUUGAUUUAUUCUGUUGCAUUCGCCUAUUGCGCAAUUUUGUUUCUUCUUGUUUAGCUACCGUAAUCGCUUGUUCUAGGUUUUCUUCAUGUUUUAGUCGAAUAAGAAUAGCUGUAAUGGGAUUCAAUUUAUCUAAGAACGUAUCUAAAGCCAUUUGCUCGUAAUAGGUACGUUUAGUAGGUUCUAAGGAUAUUAAUGUACUCAUUAAAUUUCUAAUCUUAUCGCCAAAUGCUUCUAAGGAAUUAUUUUCUCUAUUUGUUUGAAUUAAUUCUUGGACCAAUUGCAGUUCGGUACGAAAUUCGCCAAAUUUUCUUUGUAAUGCGUUUUUAAUUUCCGGCCAGGUUUUAGCACCUGGGCUUUGAGAUAGCGCCUCAACAGCUCUACCCGUCAAUUUAUUUCUAAUUAAACAACAAAUGUAUUGAUCAUCUCUACUGUUUACAAUUAAAUUGAAUGCAUUUUCUACACUUUCAAUAUAAAAUGCAAGGGUUCUUUUGUUGCCAUCGUAUGUAGGUAACAAUUUCGCGAAUGUGGAAGGUUCAGCGCAUACUGUUGGCUUUUCUUCCACGAAGGACCCUCACCUAGGUUUUUCUUAUCGGAAGCCAUUUUAAUCUAACGAAUAAAAAGAACUCAAAAACAAGGAGGUCGUCACAAAUGUAUGAAAAUUAUUUUCACAACACUAAGAGCGCUUGUAGACGUCCGUUUUUUUCACCGGAUAACGGACCGUGAAUAAACGGCUAUCCUUGUAUACAUAUUUUUUUUACCGGAUGGAUGGACUGCCGUCUAUAUGCGUUAGUUUUGAACUGGUAGUCAGAGAUUACACACGUGUGAAAUGUCGAAUAAUAAGAAAAAAAAACUCGUAUUGGCCUACUAUUUGUACAAGAAGAAACAAAAAGAAAUAGAAAAACGUAAAAGGUCAUCGUGGGUGCAUCCUAUAUUAUUGGAAAGGGAAAAAUAUGGUGCAUUUCAAACUCUUUUUACGCAGUUGGAAGAAGAUGAAACUAAAUUUUACAAUUAUUUUCGGAUGAAGAAAGAAACCUUUCAACUAUUAUUAACAGCCAUAUAUGAUAAAAUAAGACACGAGGAUACUGACAUGCGUAAAUCUAUUUCCCCGGCAGAGAGAUUAGCCGUUACGAUAAGAUAUUUAGCUGCAGGGAACACAUUUAGUGAUCUACAUUACAGUUUCAGAAUGGGUAUAAAAACUAUCAGCUGUAUUGUACAAGAAGUAUUUGAAGCAUUGUGGGAAACCCUUUCUCCAAUUUAUAUGAAACUACCAUCGGAAGACGAAUGGUUAACAAUAGCAAAAAAUUUCGAGACCAAUGCAAAUUUUCCUCAUUGCUUGGGAGCCAUUGACGGAAAACAUAUUAGAAUCAUCAAGCCAGAAGAAAGUGGAUCAAUGUUUUUCAACUACAAGCUCUAUUUCUCAAUAGUAUUAAUGGCCGUGGUAGACACAAACUAUAAUUUUGUUUUUAUUGAUGUUGGAGCCUACGGCAAAGAAUGCGAUUCAGCAGUAUUUAAAGAAACAGAAUUUUGGAAAAGAAUAGUAGGCGAUAAAUUAAAUAUUCCUCGACCUAAGCAGUUGCCAGGUGCAGGCAGUGAGUUACCUUAUGUAUUUGUUGCUGAUGAAGCUUUCGCUUUACAUCAACACGUACUUCGUCCUUACGGUGGGCAUCAACUUGACUCAAUAAAAAAAAUUUUCAAUUAUCGUCUCACAAGAGCGCGACGCUACGUCGAAUGCGCAUUUGGUAUUUUAUCCAAUAAAUGGAGGAUUUUGCAUAGACCAUUAAAUGUUUCAACAGAUACUGCUGUUAACAUUGUAAAAACAUGCUGCUUAUUACAAAACAUAAUUCAUAAAGUAGAGGGUAUUGCUAAUAAUGCUACUGACACUGCUAGUUCACACAUGGUGUCUACUCUAUGCCAUUUGCCUCGUUCCCAUUCAACACGAGGUAAUGUAACAGCAAAUAUGAUUCGUAACAAAUAUGCAGAGUAUUUCAUGUCACCAGUAGGGCGUGUACCCUGGCAAAAUCAACAUGCAUAAAAAUAAUGAAAAUAAAGGUCAUAGCUCAUUAGAGCCACCCGGCACCCACUCCGCACCGCCUCGUCGCACGGCGUCAACUCGUUGUCGACAGGUGGUCCACGGGUGGACACCGUGUUAUCACCAAUAAACGUCGCGCGGUCAACCAGUGGACCUCGCAUCGUCACCCAGUGGACCCCGCGCUGGCCGCUGGUGGACGCCGCGUGGUCUACCACUGGAGACCGGUUAGUCCAGGAAUUUUCGUGUAGUCUGUUAACAAUUGGCACUACGUCUACACGUGCGCUUCAUAAUGUUAAAUUUUACAAACCGUGAAUUGGCACUCAUAGCUGUAGCGCUUGAUGCAGAAGAAAAUGAAAGACCCAAGAGAAAAAGGAAAGCUUAUUGGGUGCACGAAAUGUUUAAACAAAGAAAAAAAGAGGGCGAAUAUUGGACAGCUCGUAGGCAUUUGCUAGCCGACGAGAAAAAAAUUUUUUCCUACUAUCAUAUGCCGCAAAGUGUGUUUUAUAACAUACUGUCUCAUAUUGAAGACUCCAUAUCUAAGCAAAACACAAGAUUCAGAGAAGCGAUCACACCCGAAGAGAAAUUGGCUGUGACUUUAAAGUAAGUAAAUAAAGUUAUUACUUUAGUUUUUUUUACCUCUUGGUAUGAUCCAUGUGUCAUUUUAAUAACAAUUUAGUUUUUGACCGGUAUAUAUGUAAGUAUGUAUGUGUGUAUAAGUAAAACAAUGUAAGAGUAUCUUAAAUCAACCUUUAUUUUCGUAAUAUUGACAUAAUUUUGUCACUAAUUAAGUACUUACUAAUCACAUUUUUAAAAAUCAGGUAAAUCUUUUUCAGUAUUUAAAAAACAGGUAAAUUUUUUUCAGUAUUAGUCAAGACUGGUGUGUUCACCUCUGUGGCAUUCCUUUCUGUAUCAUAAUUCGUUGUAGUACUGUAUCCAGAAGGGCCUGCUGUUAAAUAAUUUCCCGAAGGUCCUGGCGUUGAAUAAUUAUUACUGUCGUAGUAAUUAUUUCCUUUUUCAUUGAUUUCUCGGAGUUCCAUUUGCGAAACAAUAUUAAAAAUUUGAGAUUUCAUAAUUGCUUUGUUGUAUUCAUUAAAUUUCUUCACCGUUGCAGCUAUACCAUAAAAAAAUUUGUCAAUAUCAUCUUCAUUUUUUUCAUCUUUUUCUUUUAAUAUAUAUUUCAUUAACAAUGACGAUGCAGAAGAUCUGUCUUCGUCAAGUACUCUGGGCUUUUUUAUAUUUGAAAACUUGGAUUUCUUUGUAGAGGACUCAGAUAAUGUUGGACGAUCUUCUAUUAUUGAAAUAUCCGAUUGGCAAUCGGGAGCAGACAACUGCGAAUCUUCAUUGACGGUACUUUCUGUAUCAUCACUAUCUCUGAGUAGUGAAGAUACAGUUGCUCUUUCUUUAUAAAAGGGUGUCAAAAAAUUCAUUUCAUCCUCGAAUUGCCAUUUUUUAACUGAGACUGCUGCUUGACCGCUUUUGGUAUUUUUUUUCUUAAUAGCCCUACGAUGAGCUUCCCUUAAAUUGGACCACGUUUUCUUGCACAUUGGUACUGAAAAAAAUAAAUAGUCAAUUAAAUACAAUUCACUUUUUUACAGCCUAUUUUGUGUAAUACAAAAUUAAAAACUUCUUUGUUUCAGAUAUUUGACGAGUGGCACUUCAGUCAGAAAUUUAUCUACAAGCUUUAGAUUAGGCGAAACAACUAUUAGGUCAAUAAUUAAGGAAGUGUGCAAAGCUGUUAUUGACAAAAUGAUGAGUGUUUAUAUGCCAACGCCUACAGCUGAAGAUUGGGAAAAAAUUACGGAAGGGUUUAGUGACAGGUGGAAUUUCCCAAACUGCAUUGGUGCCAUAGAUGGCAAGCAUAUAAAUAUAAUAGCUCCACCCAACAGCGGAUCGCUCUACUACAACUAUAAAAAACAUUUUUCGAUAGUUCUCUUGGCCAUAGUCGAUGAUAAAUACAGAUUUACAGUUGUUGACAUCGGUGCUUAUGGCAAAAACAGCGACGGUGGUAUUUUUGCAUCUUCAAAAAUUGGAAAACGAAUUCAAAAUAAUAGGUUCAAUAUUCCAAGUGACAAAGCAUUGCCCGGGACAAACGUAGCACUUCCACAUGUUUUCGUGGGCGAUGAGGCAUUUCCGUUACAAAAGAACAUAAUGAGGCCAUAUUCUCGUUCUCAACAACUAUCUCAGGACCAAAAAGAAUUUAACAAUCGCCUGUCACGCGCACGCAAAGUAGUCGAAGAUGCAUUCGGAAUAUUAUACCAAAAGUUUGAAAUAUACAAUAAAAAUAUUCGUUUAAAUCCAGACAUGGUUGAUAAUGUUGUUUUGACAACAUGUAUAUUGCAUAAUGUAAUGCGAACUUAUAAUAUCGAAAGUAACGAAGAGUACUGUUCCAGACCCAGGCCAGCGCAUCAUAACCUGCAUCAGGAGGCGUUCAAUGAUCUACGUCACAUUGGUGGAAUCACUACUGCUUUUAACAUACGUGAUUCGUUUGCUGCUUAUUUCAAAUCAUCGGUUGGACAGCUUCCAUGGAAUACUUAAUUUGCUUACUCGUAUUAUCAAUUUUUUUAUGAAUCACUAAUCAUCAAAUGUCAUAUAUGUGGAUCUCUAGUUAAUAACGAAUUAUGUGGUAGUACCUUGUUUCACAUAACAACGUUUGAAACAAUAUGGUCUCUUGUUUGAUUUACAUUGUAGGUUACAUAUCAUUUUUGUCCAUUACUAGCUUGCAAUGUUACCAAAUUAAAAUUAGACUAAAUGAACAUUAUGCAAAACAAGGGACAACCGAAUUAAGCACCAAUCUGUUGUACUAUCUUUUAUUUAAUAUUUUUAAUACAUAAAUAAUACCCGUUACCUGUUACCGCUAAGGUGUUGCUUAUUUCUGUCCAUGCUUCUUCCUUUUUUACAUUGUCACUGUACUUCGAGUCACUUAGAUCAUAUAAUAAAGUAUAUUUACGAACUUC